ACAGCCUUCUGUUUGCAGUCUGCUAUAGUACAUAUCUCUCGAUCACCGAGUGGAUUUGUAAAACUACCGACUUUCGUUGGACUAUUCAUCGACUGUGAUCCAUCGAGGAUUACACAAAGUCUAGGACCUUAAUAUGAUCGAGGGAAACACCUGUCGAAAUGUACCAACUACACACAGUAUCUUUGUCAAAUCAAAGGAUCUACUUUUCAGUGAUUAUGUGUAUUGGACUAGUUAUGAUCGUGUUUCAGGGUUUAGCCAUUAAGAACUACAAAGGCAACACGGCACGGAACGAAGCCAUGAUGCAUUCAAUUUUGUAUUUCAACCCUCCUCCUUAUUUGCAACCACCACACACAUGGAGUUUUUCAUCCUGUAGGUAUUCUCGAUGCAGCAUUACGACGGACAAAAAUCAGCUUAACACAAGUAAAGUUGUGAUAUUCUACCAGUUCCUGAUGCCACCCUAUCCACCACCCAAACAAGAGGGUCAAAAAUGGAUCUUCUUGUCAGACGAAAGUCCUGUGAACACACAUAAUACCAGUACUCUGCAUGGAUGGAACAAUAAAUUUGAUUGGGUGAUGAGCUACAGGUUGGAUGGCGAUUUCUAUUACGGAUACGGCGAACUGAUGCCACGCACAACUCCGGUGGUAAGGAAUUAUUCGGCUAUUUAUUCACACAAAAAGUUCGACGUGUCUUGGAUUGUAAGCCAUUGUGAAACUCACAGCAGACGAGAGGAGUACGUGAGGGAACUGAGGAAAUACAUCCCCGUCGAUAUUUUCGGCAAAUGUGGAAGUUUUAACUGUGGUCCAAAGACAGGAAAUGAAAACGAUACAUGUCAUUAUUUGGCCUCUAAUAAUUAUAAAUUCUACCUAGCGUUCGAAAAUUCUCUAUGUAGAGACUACACAUCUGAAAAAUAUUAUUUCAUUUAUCUAUAUGAUAUGCCUGUGAUUCCUGUAAUUCGCGGGGCUUUCAAUGGAAAGACUUAUCUUCGUCAAGGAACUUUCAUUGAUACAAACGACUUCGAUUCGCCAAAGCUUCUAGCAGACUAUUUAAAGCGUGUCGGAGAUAACAGAACAGCGUAUAUUAAUUUAUUGAAGAGAAAGGAUGAAUAUGUAUCGAAACGCUUGAGCGACAUUCUUCAGUCUUCAUUGUGCAAACUGUGUGAAAGACUUCAUUCCAAAAAUCUUACUUCGAGGCAGUAUGACAUAAAAGAUUGGUAUUUUACAAAUCAGUGCAGUAGGCCAACUGAUUUGAACAUUUAAACAUUUCAAUAAACCAAUUAUCUAUUGUCUUCAAUAUGUGCCGCUUUAUUACAGUGUAGAUUAAAACGAUAAUGCAAGAUG